AUGCUACCCACCUCCGUCUUGAAGAGCGUUCUCGCCGUUCUCGGUGCAUCUGCGGUCCUUGCGCACAACUCCAUCACCUUCGUCUCCUACGACAAUGAGGCAAGAACCUUGUCCUUCACCAACAACCCAGGAAGUAGCUAUUUGAGCGACAUCGACUUCCCCGGAGGAACAACAAUCCGAGUUGAUUUCCCUGCCGUCUGGGUCGGUACCGUCAUAGCCAAGAAGACCGAUUCCGUCGCCCCUGUCCAUCGAGUCCUUGCCGAGAUGAACUUCAAUGCUGGUUAUGAAACUUUCUACGAUAUCAGCGCCAUUGAUAACCAUACCGACAACUCCGGUAUCCACUUCAUCUCUCCUUACGGAGUAAUACCCCUCACCAGAUAUCAUAGACCUGGUUGCGAUGUGUUCCCUUGCGACAACGCCUAUCUCAAUCCCCAUGACCACCACACCAGAUUCACCAAAGCAACUGAUUUCCUCUGCGAGGUCGGUACCAAGAACUAG